UGGUCAUCUCCUGUACUAUGUCCGCAGUCUCUGGUCAUCUCCUGUACUAUGUCCGCAGUCUCUGGUCAUCUCCUGUACCAUGUCCGCAGUCUUUGGUCAUCUCCUGUACUAUGUCCGCAGUCUCUGGUCAUCUCCUGUACCAUGUCCGCAGUCUUUGGUCAUCUCCUGUACUAGGUCCGCAGUCUCUGGUCAUCUCCUGUACCAUGUCCGCAGCCUCUGGUCAUCUCCUGUACUAUGUCCGCAGUCUCUGGUCAUCUCCUGUACUAUGUCCGCAGUCUCUGGUCAUCUCCUGUACCAUGUCCGCAGUCUUUGGUCAUCUCCUGUACUAGGUCCGCAGUCUCUGGUCAUCUCCUGUACUAAGUCUGCAGUCUCUGGUCAUCUCCUGUACUGUGUCUGCAGUCUCUGGUUAUCUCUUGUACUAUGUCCGCAGUCUCUCGUCAUCUCCUGUACUAUAUCUGCAGUCUCUGGUCAUCUCAUGUACUAUGUCCGCAGUCUCUUG